AUGGAAGUGGGAGCAGUGGACCCUUACACAACAAAUCCAGGUCCAAUUGAUGGUUCAGUUCUAUAUGAUCAAGACAAGCAUGUAUCAUCGGCAGUUUGGGAAGGGCAGCAGGAGCGCGGUGCCCUCAGAUGUCACGAACACACUUCAAAACUUGAUCAGUGGACACUUACUGUUGCACCCCAAAAUUUGCCCUCACAAUACAAGACUUGGUGUUCUAAGAAGGUUCACAAGGUUCACAAAGUUCUCCAACAAAUUCUACCAAUUCCUUGA